AUGGAUAAACUUCGACAAGCUCAAGUAGAAAAAGUUCUAGAGGCCCUAGAUAUGGGAGAGAUUGAAACUGGUAAGGGCUUGACUCAAGAACAUGGGCUUGCUAGAGCUGCUAAUACUUGUUGGGGUUCACACUAUAAAUAUUUUAAGAACUUUAUUAGUAUGUUUGGUUCUAUUAUUGAUGUCCAUGAUACUAUUGUUGUUGAUUCUGAAUCUGUUGAAGAAAAAGCUAAGACAACAGGAUAUCUCAGAACUUAUUUACAGGAUGAUGGAUGGGAUCCACUUAUCAAAAAUGUGUCUGAAUUUUGUGUCAGGUUUUCUAAUCUAAAAGGACUUGGUGACCUUUCCGAGGAGCUAGUUAAGACAAAAAAAUACUUUAAUUAUCCUUUUGUGUUUCGUCUUGUAAAGUUUGCAUUGCUCCUACCGGUUGCUACUACUAUAGUUGAAAGAGCUUUUUCGGCAAUGAAGUUGAUCAAGAGUGAAUUGAGAAAUCAAAUGGAUGAUGGUUUCAUGAGCAGUUGUAUGGUGCCUUAUGUAGAAAAAAAAAUUUAA